GGCACCUAUGAGAAGGAAAUUGUGUUAUGAGUUCAAACAAGUUAAAAAUAUCCUUAUCCUCUGAAGUAAAUCAAAACAACAUGGCAUCCCUAAGUUUAUUAAUUCCCUACAGCCACUGAUUGUCCUCACAUGCUUUCUCUUUUUGGACCAAUUCAAUAAAUGCAUAAAUUGUGUGCAACCUCUAAGAGACAUUUUUGCUUUUAUGAGAGAGUUUUGCCUCAAUCUUGGAGAACAGAAAAGGUGGUCAAACCACUUGUUCAUGGGUUAUUGUAGUUUAGACUCAUUUGCAACUUCUGUUUUCUCUUCUGGAGGUUUCCGUAGACCACUAACCUCAGUGUCAUAUUCACUGUAUCAGCACUGGAAUGCAAAACAUACUGUGCAUAUUAAUAAAGGCACAUUUUGCAAUUAACCACAGACAUUGCAUAUUUUCAAGACACAUAGAGGUCAAGGUCUGGCAUUAGCAGUGGGGUGACAGGCUUCCAUAUAGGCCCAUAGAGAAAGAAUACAGAGAACCUGUACACAAGAAGUCAACUGAACAACAAUUAAAUCCACAGCAGGAAGUGACAGCCUUUUUUUGGGCUCAUUUAAAAAAAUGUUCACUAGCAGAGUUAGUUAGAAUUAAUCUCUGGGCACUUUUGCAGAUUGUUGUGCACUGAAAACUUUAAUAUAAGUAAUUUUCUUUCUUCUCAGGAACCCUCUGGGCCUUUGUAAAAAAAAAACUGAAGGGCAUUGAAGGGGUUAAUUAGUUCAUGUGCUCCUGCACAACAGGCAAUGCUGUCUAAAUUUAAGAUCCUCAGCAGAAAGCCAGAGGAAGUCGGGAUGACUAUUGCUUCCCAGCUGAGAGAUGCAUCUCAUCCUCCUGCACGUGUAGCCCAUUAACGUUUUUUUCCGUCAAUAAUUGUGGUUAAACUAUCAGGCAUCAAGCGAACAGAGACUCACUGUUCUCUCUAAGUUAAUAGUGGUUUUCAACCAAGAAAAGCAGACUUCUCACCCACUGGAUGCAUCAUUCUCCGGAUGAGCCUGCAGUAAAAAGACGGACCAUCAUGUCAAGCUCUCCUGACACUCUACAGUUUUGUUUCCCCACCCACGGUGACUUUAUCCUCUGCAAAAUGGAUGCUCUAAGAAAGGAGCACCACUUUUGUGAUAUCACACUACUCCUUGGUGGUCCACAAUGCUCCACCGUCCAGCCUUUCCAUUUCCACGGUCAUAGAGUGGUGCUUGCAGCGUCCUCGGACUUCCUGCGUGACCAGUUCCUGCUUCAUGAAGGCCUGGCUGAGCUGAGUGUGGGUGUAGUUUCCAGUGUGGAAGUCGGCAAGAGACUUCUCCUGUCCUGCUACACCGGACUCUUAGAGGUCCCUCUGAGAGAGCUGGUGAGCUACCUGACUGCAGCCAGUGCGCUCCAGAUGAGUCAGGUGGUGGAGAAGUGUUCCCAGGCCGUCUCCCAGUACCUCAGUCCCACGCUGGCUUUCUUGAAACUGGGGAGAAACUUAGAGGAGAAGGAUAUCCAGAAGCCUGGCAACCUAAAAAAUCUGGACGAAAGGGAUACAGCCUCACCCAGUAACUGCAUCCAAGAAGCAAGUUCCAAAGAAUGGGGAGCAGUUGUAAUUCAGUCCAAGUCAGGGUUCAGCCAGGAAUCUAAGGUUGAUUGUCAAGGACUAAAGGAAGGAAAAGAUGAUGAGAGAGUGAACAUAGAAUUAUCUGAAGAUGAAGAAAUUCAGACUGUUUACACAAACAAGUCAUCAGAUAAAUAUCACCACAUUGCAGGUUCUCUAAAAUGUAAUCUGCCUCCUCCUACAGAUGUCCAGUAUGAAGAAUUGGUGGACAGUUCUCAGAACCAAGAUAAGGAUGCAGGGGAAGAGCAAAAAGAAGUGGAGGAAAUGUUUUUACUAGCAACUGAACUGCAAGAAUGUGGAGAGCGUAUGGAGUCUAAGCUACUCUGCCUCUCUGGAGCACCUUUAUCAAAGACUCAUUGUUCUGCAGAUGAGCAGACAGAAGAUUCAGACAGCAUAUUGAUCCAGAGGCCCUACCUGUGCAGGAGGUGCGAUAGAGUCUUCCAGCACCUAGAGAGCUACGUGGGCCACCUGAAGGAGCACAGACAGUACUUGUGUUUGGUCUGUGGUAAAGGCUUUUCCCAGAAGAGUAACCUGACCCGCCACAUACGUGUCCACACUGGUGUCAAGCCUUUUCGAUGCCCGCUGUGCCACAAGACAUUUUCCCAGAAGGCCAUGCUGCAAGACCACUUCAAUCUGCACACAGGUGACAAGCCCCACAAGUGUAACUACUGUGCUGUGCACUUUGCACACAAGCCAGGUCUCAGGCGCCACCUGAAGGACAUUCAUGGUAAGAGCAGCCUGCAAAAUGUGCUUGAGGAGGCUGUGGACCCAUGAUAAAGAGACAGUUUAAGCACCAGAUUAGAUAAUGCAGCUGGUUUUAACUGUUCUAUGUUUCAAUACUAUUUUGGGAGCAUGUCAAAUAAGGUCCCAGGAAGCACAAUAAGCAAUAUGAGACAGAUUAUUAGAUAUUAAAGAUAAAGUAAAUCAAUACAUUUUUUUUAUUAUUUUCGGAUUUUUAAAAAACGUUUCAGCAAGAUCUCAGCGAACUGAUGACCUCACUUUCUGCUACACCCGUGUCUAACAUCAAAGUAAUGCAUUUGCUUGUAACAUCUGCCUAAUGGGAAGUAGUAAGGGUCCCUCUGUGCCUCCUGCAAUGUUUUCUUGAUCUCUCUGGGUACAGUACAGUGAAUAAAGUCCUGUAGCAUGCAGUGUACAGAUUUCAUUAGUUGUAAGUUAAAGAUGUAAGUUGUAAGUGAAGUUGAGUUGUGCAUUGUUCCCAACAGUGUGCAGAGUGCUCCUACAUUUUAUAUUGUUUGUGUGUACAGUCAACUAAAUGUGUGCCUCUGUUGUUCUACAAGGAUAUGCUUCUCCAAGAAGAAAUAAAAUGCCAUUAUU